AUGCCGUCGACUAUCGCCAUGGGCACUCGGAUGAAUGGAGGCUUCGUUCCCAGUUCCCAGUUCCCAGUUCGCCAUGGAGAAGAGGCUGGAGAUUUUUUAGGAUUCCGACGGAGGCUUCACGAGCUGUCCUUCAAUCGAAAAAUAAAAUCCAUUCAGUCGGAUCUAGGUGCUGAAUACAACAAAUUGCAUGCCUCCUUUGUUCAGUUAGGAAUUCAACAUAUGCAAUCCUGUGCAUAUACACAUGAGCAGAAUGGCCGUGUUGAACGUAAACACAGACAUAUUGUUGAAACUGGUAUAGCACUCUUAGCUCAUGCCUAUGUUUCUUUAAAAUUCGGGGAUUUCGCUUUUGAGACUGCUGCGACACCACCUACUCAGACUGCUCCCUUGGCGGAAUCUAUUCUUCACCAUGACGUCAUCAAUGCUGCAUCGGACUCUGUGCAUCCAGAUCCUGUGAAGAUCAGGUGGGGAUAUGAUCCCACAUGA